AUUGCCUACCAAACUUAUAUUAACUCUUCCACGUUUCAUCCCUCAGAAGAUAAAUACGGAACAUAUUUAUCAAGAGUUUGGUUCUCUCUUAACAUUAUCUAUGGAUUCUUCAGAUGUUAAGUCCUCUCCACCGUACAGUCAGCUCAUUGUUGCACCACAGAUCAUUACAUCUAUAAACACUGAGUUUAAAUUCUCCAAUAGAUUGUGCAGUGUGUCCUGCUCGAAUGAUGAAGAUAUUUGGACUUGUGGCAAUGACAAAAUAAUUAGACUCUACAACCUGCAGGGAGAACUAGUGAAAGAAGUCCAAACCAAUUGCAAGUCAGAGAACAGGCCAGAGGGCAUAUCAGUGACAAGGAGUGGGGAUCUAGUAUAUACUGAUAAAGAUGAUAGGACCGUAAACAUAGUGAAGAAUUCACAGGUACAGACAGUAGUCAGACUACAAGGAUGGAGACCUCUCGGUGUCUGUAGAACCUCCUCUAGAGGUCUUUUGGUUGUCAUGGUUAGUGAUGAUAAUAAACAAACAAAAGUUGUGCGUUACUCUGACUCCACAGAGAUACAAAGUAUUCAGCUCGCUGACAACAAACGGCCUCUCUAUUCAUCGAAAGGCACAAAAUACAUCACUGAGAACCGAAACCUAGAUAUCUGUGUGUCAGACUGGGGAAAUCGCGCAAUAGUGGUGGCUAAUCAAAAUGGGGAACUCCGGUUUACCUACACUGGUCCUCCCUGUACUAUUAGUGAUUCAUUCCGUCCACGCGGUAUCACAACAGACAGCCAAGGUAGGAUCCUGGUAACAGACUGUUACAGUUAUUAUCUUCCCCGUAUUCACAUCCUGGAUCAGGAUGGAAAGUUCCUUCGCUACAUAAGCAAUUGUGAUUUACAGAAUCCAUGGGGUAUAUGUGUGGACACCAGUGACAACCUCUUUGUGGCUGAGUGUGAGACUAAUAGAGUGAAAAAAAUCCAGUACAGCAUAUAAUCAAACUCUGUUAACAAUACCUUUAAUCAAAGUGACUGGGUCAUAUUUAUAUACAAAAUAUCUUAAGGUCCAUAAUUAUAGCCUCAACUUUAAUGAAUUUUGAUGCAUAACAUAUAUGUAUAGGCUUAAUGCUCCAUACAACAGAUAUAAAUUCCAUAGUUAAGUAUCAAUAUGUAAGAGCGGAAUGGUCCUAAUAAAUAAUCUUUUUUCCUGUUAUUGAAGAAUUGUCCCACUUUGCUUUUAAUCUAUGAAAAUCGAUAAAAAAAAAAUACCUGGAAUGAAUUUAGCUUUAAAUAGUUUUUCUAUUCCUAAUGGAAAAAUACAUC